AAAUCAUAGAUCUGUUGAAAGUUUAAGGUCUUUUGACCCAGAGUAUAACAAUGUGUCUGAUGUUAAAGCAUGCUCUAUGUGGGAGCAGAACCAAGCUUCAAAAGCACAUUUUUGUUAUUAAUGAAGUUUACUUCAGUGCCAAUGUGCAAAGUGAAGGCUAUCUCACUCUGUGUAUGUAAUUCACUUUAUUCCCACAGCAGGCUGGACUCCACCUGAUUGUUUCUGAUCCAGUAUGUGAUCUUCAUGGACAGAAUCCAAAAGGAAGGUCCUGCAAUAGAGGGAUUCUGGUUUGGGAACCUCACCUCUGCCUUUUGCAGAUGAUGUGGUUCUGUUGGUGUCUUCGAGUCGUGAUCUUCAGAUUGCACUGGGCGCAAUCAAAAGGAGGUAACCAAGGUAACGUGAGCACUGGAUUAAAAUGCUCCUUCUGAAGGUUUUCUGGACACUCCUCUAGGGGAUGACCUGGAAGUGGCUGAAAAGACAUCUGUUCUGGCUUUGGAAAACCUUGGAAUACAUUAGAAAAAACUGGGAUGACUUGCAGACGAGAGGGAAGUCUGGAUUUCACUCUGAUUUGUUGCUUUUGCAAUCCAGAAUUGGUCAAAGGGACACUAGGCAGUUUUGGUUUGCUUUUGGCACCCCCUAAUGUCUGUUGAGUAGAACCAAAAGCAAAACGUAACUCCUUGCUGUAUGUUCGUCUUUUUAACACCUUAUUCUAACAACUGAAACUUCUCCCAGUCUUCAUUAGUAUCUACAGGAGUAAUUCAUCCCUAAAUUAAACGAAUCAGCUGUGAUCAUGGACAGGAAGUAGACUGCAGCACCAGGUAUGUCAGCUCAAUUUUUUUUCACGUGUGAAGUGUGUAAGUCCAACAGACCGGACUGCCACUCUGAAGUUGCAAACAUGGUGUUCUAGCCACAGGGGGCGGUGGGGUCUGAGGGACAUUUCAUUUGGUCAUUUUAGCACAAACUGGCUCAAGAAAAUUAUUUUAAAAUAUGAAACAGCAGCAAAGUAUGGCUUUAAGCUGUGGAAAAUGGAUCCAUGUUAUCAUUUCCUGAGACAUACAUCAUUUACUUUGUGUUCUAUAUGUUGAUGUUAUGAAGGUAUUAUUAUAUAAGAUAACCUGUUUAGUCCAAACAUGAAUGUUCGCCUAUUUUAUUAAAGUCAUGAAGAGAAAAACUCUGCAGACCAAAUACAUUUCUGCCAAACAACACAACCUAAAUAACUAAUUACAUUAUUUUGCUGUCAGAGUCCAUUUUAAUCCAACCCUAAAAUUAGAGGAUUACUGAGAUGCUGUUACCUUCAGACCAAUAUUUCAUCUUAAAACUUUUUGUCUUUCUGGAAUUUUAACCCUGUGUGAAGUGUAGACAGCACACUCGCUCCCACUCACAUGGUUACUAACUCACAACAGAGCGUCUUGAGUCACCUGACAGGAGUAUAUAUAGGCUUCUCAGGCCAGCGGGGAGAUCGAACAGGAAUCACUUUUCAAGCUGACACUUGCGGCUCUAUGUACGGGGAAGAAUUUCAUACGAGGGUUGUCUUUUUCUGCUCUCUGAAACGUAUUUAUAGCAGGUGAGUUCAGGGCAGCAGAGGCAUGUGUGGCGUGGCCUUCUGAAACAUCACCAUGUUAAGAGAUGCCAGGGGCGUCAGGGGCAGAGCCAAACGUGUCAGUGUAUCCUAUAGAACACAUAUUUAUCAAAACAAAAAUACUCCGAUUAAAGGCUGUACAAACAAAACCAAAACCGCAGACAACUGCAACUAAAACACAAACCAGUCUGAGAUAAUACUGUGUUAGGUUUAAGUGUUAAAAUAGAUGGAGUUUAGUUUGAUUUAUCUCAUUUGGAGAGCUUUUACCAUUUAGUACGUGGACUGUUCAAAACUAUUUCUUGUGAAUUUAUUAUAAUUCAUUUAUCAUUUUAGUAGGAUUUCUCCAAAUGAAAACCACAUUCAGAACUAGUCAUUAUAUGAAAAAGAAAAUAAAAUUUACAAAUUAAUGAUGAAAUAAAACUAAUGAAUUUUAGUGACCCACUAUUUUAAAAUGGUUUACCACUGUCUUUCUUUAAUCAUUCCUGUAUGUAAGCCCAACUGUGUAUCUGCAAAAUCAUAGUUUAUAUCCAUCCGUCCGUCCGUCCAUCCGUCCGUCCAUCCAUCCAUCCAUCCAUCCAUCCAUCCAUUCUCCCAUCUGCUGUGAAUUGAAACGUUCUGAUAUGGAGAAAAAGUUUCAUUUAUAAUGAUGCAACAAAAUCAUGAAUCUGAUUGUAUAUAUUUCAGAAUAUUAGAAUGGUUUCAUUUUAAUUUUUGUCGCUCCCUGAGAUGAACUUCCAUAUUAUUGGAUAUUUUUCAUUGUGUGCAGCACAGAAAAAGUUGUAAGAAUAGAAUAGAAUAGAAUAGAAAAGAAAAGAAAAGAAAAGAAAAGAAAAGAAAAGAAUAGAAAAGAAAAGAAAAGAUAAGUCCUUUAUUGUCCCUCAGUGGGGAGAUUUUGUUGUCAGAGCAGCAAUUACAUUCACAACAGGAGCAACGAAGAAUGCAACAUAAAGAAUAAAAGGCUGAAAAUGAACAAAAAAGAGAGAGAUAGCUAUACAAAUAAAUUAAAAGGCAGCCGGCUCUAGCUGAGCCAGAAGCAUACUGAAAUAGUUCCAAGAGGGAAAAGCACUUUACCGCUAUAUCACCCUUAAACAAAAUGUAUUGUAAUCUGGUCGCAAUAUAAAUGAGUUCCAGAUGUGUAACUCCUGACAACAGCUUUACCUGUUUCUCUUAGUGGAGCUAUCGUCUGUCUAGUCCCGCCUCCUCAGAACUGAUUAACGUAAAUGAUCCUUACUUGCUCUGGCAGGCAACACAACACAGAUUAUUAUUCUGUGCUACAGAGGUUUGUGUGCAAUCUUCCGGUGUCAUGAAUCAUUAAACAGGUGACUGUAAUCCAUACAGACAGCUAGAUUCUCAGAGUGACAGAGAGCCACCUGAUGCUGCAUGUAAACCAACUACCCUGCUGUUCUCACAAGAUAAAAACUUAGAUUUCAAAUUCAAAUAUUCUAAUUUACAAUUAUUAUGGAUACUUCAUUGUGUGUUGUUAAGAGGUUUAUGAUGGCUUCAUAAAUGAAUUUGCACUACAAAUGUUUGUCAGAUUUAUUGAAUUUGGGUUGCAAAGGACCAUCAAGCAUGCAUCAAGCUGUCCUAAGCACAAUGCAGCAGCAGUUUUUGACGCUAAAGGUUUAACAAAAGGCAACAAAAAAAAAUAAAACACAUCUGGUGGCCAUUAAUCUGCAAAUCCUUGGCAUAGUGUUGCAGUAACCAAUGGCAACUGCUUCCGUGUCAACAGAAAUCUUGGACAGCUCCUGCAGUCCAGGACCCUGAAACAUGAUUGGCUAGCUGAAUCAACGACUUGCAAACUUGUUUAUCUAUUAUGCAUGUUGGUUCACCUUUACUGUGUUCUUGGAUUCAUUCUCAGGUAUACCCAGCUCAGCCGAGGCCAGUCACUGUUAAUCAAAGGACACAAUCUCACCUUGACACUAAGACAGAGAUUGAGUCAAGUCACAAAUGGAGCUUUUUGGAUCUACUCUGUCAGCCACGUAUACUCGGCCAAAAACCAGCCACUUCCUCCCUGCCAUCUCCACUAUGGCAUCCAGCUAUCGCAACACUCAGCCAGCCUUGAUAAUGAAUCCCAGUGCCAAUCUGUGGAGAACCAACAGCUAUUACAAGAGCAGCAUCGCUCCCCCCUUGACCUCAUCUACACAACGUGACCAUUUCGAUCUAGUUCGAGCCAAGACUGCAUUGUACCCUUCCAACAGGAGUGCACUAAUGACCCGGUACACUCCAGAUGACUGGUACAAGUCCAACCACAGCAAUUACCGGGAGUCAGAGUCCUCCAGGAAAAGUGCAGAACGACUGAGGAAAGAUACCAUUAGGCUGAUGCAAGAUAGAGAGCAGCUCACCAGACGGACACAGGAAAAUACCAGCAAGAACAUUGCAGAGAGGGUCAAUGACAUAAAUUUUUGGAAGUCUGAGCUGAAUCAUGAAAUUGACAAUAUGGUGACAGAGAUAGGAGCACUCACUGAGGUCAAGAGGAGGCUGGAGAGAGCCUUAGCUGAGACUGAGGGACCCCUUCAGGUGUCUCAAGAGUGUUUGUACCACAGAGAGAAGAGGAUGUCCAUCGAUCUGGUGCACGAUGAUGUAGAGAAAGACUUAAUAAAGGAAGUAGAAGUUAUAAAGUCAUGUCAGGAGAGGAUGAGGCGCCAUCAAGACAGAGCCAUUGCACAGCUGGCGUCAAACCGAGCAGCGCUGCACGAGCUGGAGAAAGACUUGAGUGACAAAGUGACAGCUCAGAGGAUCGAUGACAGGUGUCACCAUUUGAGGAACACAUCAGACGGGAUUGGCUAUUACAGGGGGAUUGACAGGCUAGACCAUUCAGUUUCUCUGCCAGACUCGUGGUCCAAGUUCACAGAUGACAACAUCCUGCUCUCCCAGAGCGAGCGAGCAGCCUCCCACAAGCUCAGGGAUGAGAUUGAAAUCCUCCUGAACACCACAUCCCAUGAAAUGUGGAACCAGUUCAACAGCGUCAAUGUUGCUUUCACCAGCCGUGUGUCUGAAACUGCUGACGCCAAGAGCAACCUGCAGUCCCACCUGGCCAAGACUCUGCAGGAGAUCUUCCAGACAGAGAUGCUGAUUGAGUCUCUGAAAAAGGCCUUAAGGGAUAAGGAGAGUCCACUAAAAGUGGCCCAAACCCGACUGGAGGAGAGAACACGCCGACCUAAUGUAGAGCUCUGCAGGGACAACCCACACCACAGACUUGUGAGUGAAGUGAGAGAGAUCGAGGACACCAUCCACAAGCUCCAAGAGAGGCUGAUGGAGGCAGAAAACACUCUGCAGAAUCUGGUGAAGACUAAAGUAGCCCUGGAGCAUGACCUAUCCAUUAAGGCCAACUCACUUUUCCUGGAUCAGGAGAAGUGCAUGAGCAUCCGUAAAGUAUUUCCCAGCAUGCCCCGUCUGGUGGGCUACACUUAAAACGGCCUUUGAAAAAAGGGUUCUGAGAGGAUUUGAUAGCAAAUAAUAGAAUUUAGAAAUAUUUUAAAGGGGCCAGAUCAUGCUAUUUUAAAUCUUUUAGAGCAAAUGUAGGCAGAGUAAAUGAUAAGAAUUAAACAUUACCGUCGGCACUAAUGAGAUGUCAUUUAUCUUAACUCAUUCACUGCCAAUGACGACUAAAGUCGUCAUUUGCAUUUUUUUACUGUUUGAGCAUCGGAACGAGCCCCUGCGCUGAGAGAACAAACAUCUCAGCCCUGAAGCCGAACUUCAUCUGUAUCCGUCACAGAUCACAUGAUCAGGAAGCAACAUAUCCAUGUGUUUGGAGAUCGUUUUGGGCCGUUCCUGUAAAAAAAGUGAGGCGCGAACCGGAAAAGCGUCUGCCGAUCACAAUUCGACAACGGAUUAUGAAAGAACGGAUAACGCUCGAAACACGCGGCUUCUUCCUGAUGUAAGAGGUGAGUCUCCUCUUUGUUUUGGUUGUUUUGGCAUCAACAUCAUGCUAGCGCGCAACAUUCUGUGACUCUUAAAAAAACAGUAAAAACAGUGAGAAAGGCUGGCAGCGAAGGCCGUUAGUGAUCAGGAAACGGCUGGCAGUGAAUGAGUUAAAUAGCAAUUUACCCCCUACCAGAGUCUUACUCCACCCCCACUUCCUGUUUGGAAAAUGCAACAAAUGCUGUUGCCUGGCAGACCAAGAGGGCAGAGCCGCUAAGAAAUACACACAUAGGCUCACAAUGACAUUGUGACAUCACAAUGUACCAACCAACGUCAUAGUGUACCUCUUAGCCAAUAGUGAUGGCAGAUUUAAAUUCAAAUGCAGUGCAGAGUUUUUACCUGACAAUGGCACAUGGUUUCAGGCUGAAUGUUUAAAUUUUAACUAAGACUACACAUGUCUACAGCACGAUUAGACACUCAUUUAUAUAGUUUAUCAGCAAGAAAAAGUUGAUUUGGGGGUGACUUGCUCUUUAAGUGUGAGUUACUUUUGUCAGCCUGAUUUUAUACCUGGAAAUACCUGCCCACGCCCGCGCCAAAUGAAAAUAGAAACUAGAAGAAAAAAAACUUACCGCCACAACCGUGAGGCAAACCUGUGCAAAACUUUAUGUAUAUACAUAUAUAUAUAUAUAGAGAGAGAGAGAGAGCCCAGCACCCUUAACUACUGGGCUACCAAGUUUUUUUUUACAAAACAGUUAUUGCUUAACACACACAUCCUGAGCGUGUCAUUACGAGCAUCUUUGUAGACAGGAUGCAUGGUUUGUACAGAAGUCUUUUGUCACCAAUGCUGGAGUAAUUUGUCAGAAUAUCAAGAUCCAGGUUUCAAAACCAUGACCAGACCAGGUUCAGGGGGAGGAGAAAUCCCGGGUGACGUAAGUGGGCUACUUUCUGUCGUUUGCAGGAUAAACCUUUACAUCGACCAAAUUGAAGCUGAGACAUGAAAAUGCAUGAAUGCGGCCAAAAACAGGUUUGAGGGUAUUUCUCAUGUUGAAAUGACAAUAUAACGUGGUAAAAAGCUCUAAAAGUGGAUUUUCCAUGAUAUGGCCCCUUUAAGUGUCAGUGAAUUUUUAUGUGAUGAUUAGGUCUUUUUGGUUUGAAUGCGGAAAAGGUUGAAUCAAAAUAAAUAGUGUUUUGACUGUUAUCAUAUCUUAUGUGUAUAUAUAAAUGGACACAAAUAGGCUAUGUGUCAGUUUAUAAACGAUUUCAUUUUAAGACACUGUUAACUGAAAUAAGUGAAAAAAUUAGUCAAGAGCAAAGGCUGCAUCUGUUGACUGCUGGGAAAUCUUAGCCUGGUAAGCUAUCCUAUAUAUGUGAAAAUAUAAGAUGGUCACUCACGAUCUAUAGACAGAGCUUGGUUGUGGGGCAGAACUUACGAUUGUCUUUCAAACUGUCUCCACACGAAACUGGACAGCACUAGGACCAAUCAGAGCAAUAUUGUGCCAUAUUUAUAGAGAUGAAAAUCAGUCAACAGUCCGCCACACAUGAUCAAAGAAGUAGUAGGAGAACCUCAGUCCACUCAAGUCAAAGAAAGGCUCAAGCCUAAAUCAUCCAGAGUUGAUGCCAAAGCUGUUUCAAACAAGCUUGUUCCUGAGCUGCCACCAUCUUUUUUGUUUUACUCCUUUGCAACUCUGAUGCUUAGCCUCCCAAACAUUCAAAGAUAGAGCACUGUGAUUGGUCCAGCCUAAACUUGGCUGAGCCAGUGGUAGACCUGAUGAGGCUACAAUUGAGUGUGGCUGCACCAACUUUAAGAGAAAAAUGUUUCGCUACUGUUACAGUUUGUCUUGAUUGAUUGUUAAAUUGAUUGCUAACUUUUCGGACCUUUAUUAUGAAAAAUAAUAAGACCUAUUCUAAAAAAGCCUGGUUCUGAUCCCAAUAACUUCAAUACACUUUGUCCAAUCUCUUAUCUCCCUUUCAUCUCUAUAAUCCUUGAGAAAGUUGUUGCUUCUCAGCUCAUCUCCCAUCUCAAUCAUCACAACCUUUUUGAACAGUUCCAGUCUGGUUUUCGCCCUCUACACAGCACAGAAACUGCCCUUGUUAAAAUCACAAAUUACCUUCUCAUGGCAGCUGACUCCGGUUUUCUUUCCCUACUCAUCCUUCUUGAUCUUAGUGCAGCAUUCGACACCAUCUCACACUCAACCCUUCUUAACCGGAUAGCUUCCCUUGGUAUCACCCACACUGCUGUCGCCUGGUUCUCCUCCUAUCUCACUAGCCGCUUCCAGUCUGUUCAAUUAAUCCUAUUCUUUUCACCCUGUUGCUGUUUCUGCUGGUGUUCCCCAGGCCUCUGUCCUUGGACCUUUCUUAUUCAUCAUCUACAUUCUUUCACUUGGCCAAAUCUUUUACAAAUACAAGAUACAUUUCCACUGCUAUGCAGAUGACACCCAGAUCUAUAUCUUCUCUCAACCCAAUGCAAUCUUCCCUCCAGCCUCCCUGUCCAGCUGUCUCCUUGAGAUAAAAUCAUGGUUCUCAUCAAACUUCCUGAAACUC